AUGGCCGUUGCUGUUUCCCCUUUUCUCGUCGACCAGCUACCAAUUUCAGCGCAAUGCGGCUCCCUCAUCACAUACCGGCAGUACUCGAUCCUGCUCUCCUCGGCACCUUCGUGCUUCCUAGACGGCUGCGGCGUCCCUCCCCCGGCCGGCUCGAUGUCGUCAACGUGCCCGUCGUCGUCACGGUGCUCUGCCCUCUGGGAGAUAACACGGGUGCAGUGGCAGCCAGACUGGUGUUAUUCAGGGCCAUCGGCAUGUCCUGGCGACGUAGCCUGCCGGAUCCCCGGAUGGCCUGUCCUCAACGCCACGGCGGCGUGCUCUAUCUCGCCCGACGACUGGCUGUUCUCGGCCACGAACGCGGGCGGGUGCUGCGCGACAGUCGACGAGCCGUUCGACCUCGGCGACUGGACGGCGACGCUGUGCAACGGGUCCGCCUGGCGCGAGCCGUUUGUCUACUUCGGCGGCAUGGCCCCGCUCGACUGGGCCGAGUGGAUCGAGCCGUGGAACUGGACCGUCGUCCCGUCGGAUGCGGCGCUGAGGCAGCGCUGCCAGUCCACCACCGAGAUGAUGGUGUCUUUUGUCGCCGACAACCUCGUGUCCGUCGUCGAGACCAUUUUCGAGAUUGGCUUCUUUUGGGCCCUCCUGCAGGUUCCUUCUAUGAACCGCUUGGCGAGCCGGAAGGUGCACAGAUCGGGGAGAUCGGUCAUCGGCGGUGCUCAGUACGGCGCCUCGUUCGUCCUCGGCAACUUCUAUACAGCCUGGAAGUGGCGGGCCACGCUAGGGUACUCGGACAUCCCCGUCGGCUUUCUGGGUCUGGUCCUGUGCGCCCGGCCGAGCGCCGUCGGAAUCAUCUGUUUCCUCGACUUGGUGUUUUCGGGCUGGCUCGCAGAGAAGAUCGCGCGGCUGCGCGGCUACGCACACCCAGCGCUGGCUGUCCCGGCCGACCAAGACUACAGGGAGACGCCCGCCUGGUUGCAAGCGAGGCAAUUCCUGGCCAACUGGGCGCUGACCAUGUCGGUGGCCGAAAUCAUCAUCCAGAUCAUGAGCAUGUACAGCCUGUACAAGACGACCAACGAGGGGCGGCUCCGCGGCUUCUACAGCCUGGACGCGCUCCUGCCCUACUGGCACGGCUCGGAAGCCCUCCGCAUGUACGGCGGAGCGCUCGUGCACUGUAUCUUCUCGUGGCUGAGUCUCUUGUCUCUGGCUGGCAGUGCCACGGUGCAGGCGUACCGCAUUAAAAUCUUUGAGGGCCUGACUGAGCAUCUGAUGGCGGCGCUGGGACACCGGAGGCGGAAGAGAACCAUUGUCCGGCUCCACGAAGCGCUGAAGAAAGCAUCGCGGCGCCGCAAAGACCCCCAGGGCCAACCAUUAGCGCCGCAACAGCAAGCUCAACAACAGCCAGGUCGACAGCAGCUAGGUCAACAGCAGCCAGGUCAACAGCAGCCAGGUCAACAGCAGCCAGGUCAACAGCAGCCAGGUCAACAGCAGCCAGAUCAACAGCAGCCAGAUCAACAGCAGCCAGAUCAACAACAGGCAGCUCAACCACCACCGCCCGAACAACUCCAACCAAUUCACUCAGUCUACCAACUGCGGGCGACACUUGCUGCGGAGGAAGCCCAAGCCCAAGAAGACAACGCGCUGCCUCCUCCGACCUCGGGUGUCCCCGACGCGCAAGACCCCGAGCUAACCCGGUUCGGCCGUGUGCUGUCCGUGUGGCCGUUCUCGGUGGCGUUCCGGCAGCUCGAGAAGCGGGCGAUGCGGAUCCGGGAGCGGCAGACCCCGUCGAAGAUGGCCCUGGACCUGAUGCGAGAGGGCCUGCGCAAGAUCGAGACGGUGGCCCUGUGCUUCACGGGUGCGUGCGUCGUCGUCAACUACAUCUCGCAGUGGUGCUUCUGGUCCGGCUUCAUCCAGAGCCAAGGCGACCGGUGGUGUCCUCCGACGUCCGACUUCAAGCUUUUGGUCUGGGCCGUCAUCAGUCUCGUUUCCAAAUUUGCCCAAGUGCAGAUAGACAAUCAGUCGCCAAGCGCAACCCAUAGCCCAACGAAAUACGCCCGCGUGACCAACUAA